CAGAGCCAGAGCCAGAGCCAGACCACUCCUCAGAGUAAGCUACUGCUAAUGACCAGACCAGACCGGACCGGACCAGACCAGUUUAGACUUCAGAGACUCAGGACACCCUCUCGUCUAAGCUACUCGCUGCCUCCACUUCUUCUUCCUCCUCCUCCUCCAACUCCUCAAAUUUGACCAUCUUAUACUUUUUUUCCCAACACUGCUUCCCUUUCCCAUUCUCGCCCUUAACCAACAACUACAUCUGCAUCUCGCAUUUUCCAUUCACUUUGCAUUGCAUCCGUUUCCUUCUAAUCCGCUUCCAAUUAGGGUUUUUUUGGUCUCCAAUCGCUUGAUCAGCUCCUUGCCUUUUCUUUUUUUCUUUUUUUCCUUCUUAUAUUUCCCCCCUACUCUUUUGCCCUAUUUUCGGUUGGUCUGUCUUUUCCGCUUGUUAAUUUCCUCUCUCUCUCUCUCUCUCUCUCUUUUAGGGAUGCAGUGCUAAAAAAGCUCGCUGUUUUUUAUUUCCCUCUAGCAGUCUGAAUAAUGCUUAUUGCAUUUUCCGACGAGCACACGGUGCAUCUGUCGUGUUUUCGACGCCUUUCUCGGUGUAUUUCCUUCAAUUAGGGUUUUGGCACAGUUGUAUAACUCCCCAUAUUUUGGGAAAGGGUGUUCUAUUUUUUUGGUAUGAACUACAUUGCUUUUGGUGUUUCAUUUUGAUAAGCUUUUAUCGAUACACGGUAAUACUAAUAUCGAAACUGAGUUUUCUCUACUCCGAGAAUUAUAAGAUUUUAGAGAGUCGAUAAAAUAUGGACGAAAAUGAUGGAACGUCUGAGCCACGAGGGCCAUUGCCAAAUGGACUCUUACCCGGGGCAGGUCCUGUAAUGCAACCCCUUGAUACAGAAAGAUGGAUGAAAGCUGAGGAACGGACUGCGGAGAUCAUUGCUUGCAUUCAGCCCAAUCCGCUGUCUGAGGGACGGAGGAAUGCUGUUGCAGAUUAUGUGCAGCGGCUUAUAAUGAAAUGCUUCCCCAGCCAGGUCUGUACCUUUGGUUCUGUACCUUUGAAGACUUAUCUACCUGAUGGAGACAUUGAUUUGACUGCUUUUAGUCACAAUCAGGGUUUGAAAGAUUCUUGGGCAAACCAAGUUCGAGAUAUGCUUGAGAAUGAGGAGAAAAAUAAAAAUGCUGAGUUUCGCGUGAAGGAGGUUCAGUAUAUCCAAGCAGAAGUGAAAAUAAUUAAGUGUCUAGUGGAGAACAUUGUGGUGGACAUAUCUUUUAAUCAAGUUGGUGGUUUAUGUACUCUCUGCUUCCUUGACGAGGUUGACAAUCUAAUAAAUCAGAAUCAUCUAUUCAAGCGUAGUAUUAUAUUGAUAAAAGCAUGGUGCUAUUAUGAAAGUCGUAUACUGGGUGCUCAUCAUGGACUUAUAUCUACAUAUGCUCUGGAAACCCUCGUUCUGUACAUCUUUCAUGUGUUCAACAAUUCCUUUCAUGGGCCACUUGAGGUCCUAUAUCGUUUUCUGGAGUUCUUCAGCAAUUUUGAUUGGGACAAUUUUUGUGUUAGUUUAUGGGGACCUGUGCCCAUUAUUUCAUUACCGGAUGUAUCUGCGGAACCACCUAGGAAGGAUAGAGGGGAUCUUUUGCUCAGCAAGCUGUUUCUCGAUGCAUGUAGUUCUGUAUAUGCUGUUUUUCCUGGCGGUCAGGAAAGUAAUGGACAGCAAUUUGUUUCAAAGCAUUUUAACGUAAUUGAUCCUUUACGUGUGAACAACAAUCUUGGUCGAAGUGUUAGUAAAGGUAACUUUUUCCGAAUACGAAGCGCAUUUACUUUUGGAGCUAAAAAACUUGCUAGACUGCUCGACUGCCCCAAAGAGGCUCUAACUUUUGAAGUGAAUCAAUUCUUUUUGAAUACAUGGGAGAGGCAUGGCAGUGGUCACCGCCCUGAUGCACCAUUAGUUGAUUCACACCUAAGAUUACAAAUUACGGAAAGUUCUCCUGGAUUUGGGAAUUCUAACAAUCAUACUAGUGGGAAAACAGUGAAAGAGAACCCUUCUCACGACAUGGAGGGAAAAGGUAUUAAUGCCCGUGGUGUAUCCUCUCAACAAGGUAGAAAUUGGUCAAGAACUAUUCCAGUAACAAAUGACCUGCCUGCAACCUCUCACAUGCAAGGUUUAAAAAGUCGAUUCAAUUUGAAAAGUUUGAGGUUCACUGAAAAAAUUGGAAGAGAUGCACAGUUUGGUCACACUGUAGUUAAUGAGAAUACUCACAGAAGCUCGAGAUUAGAUCCAUUAGUAAAUGACAGCCCUGGAAGGCUUCAUUUUGCCAGAACACAAUCCAAUCCUGAUCUCACUGAUAACUUCUGUGAUGAAUCUUCUCAUGCACAAUGUGAUAGACAAGCAGAAAUUGUCGAAGUUCCUGUUUCCUGUACUAGGCCGGACUCUAUUAGUAUGAGAAAAAAUGUUGAAUCUGAAAGCAUGGCAAGUCACAGCAAUUAUUCAUCUGUUGAAGAUACUUCAUGGUAUGGGGGUGUUUCGUCACCGAAAAGUCAUGAUGCUGCGGACUCCCAUAGCAUUUCAAUUAGACCCCUUCAAGAUAUGAGUGCAGAUGCUUUUAAUGAAGAAUUAUUGGCCUCAUCGGGACAGUCAACGCAGAAAGAAGAACAAGAUAUUGUGAACAUGAUGUCCUCUGCUUCACUUCAAGGUAUGACUGGCCACAUUAAUGUUCCAAUUAAUCUGGCUUCCAGUCAUCUGCCUUACUCUAUCCCACCAUCAUUUGCUGCUUCGAUGGGAUACACUCAACCUAAGACACCGGGAUUUGUCCCUACCAGCAUCCCAUUGGUGGAUUCAUCAUUUUCAAAUGUGCAAUUUCCUCAUAGUAUGGUUCCACAACAACUGACUCGCUAUUUCCCUGGCUUUGAGCUGCAUACAUCCAAAGAUUCAGUUGAGCCAAAUAAUGAGAACUUUGGUCCUGUGGGAAGCUCUGGCUUUCAUGGGCAGGGUAUUGGCUCCUCAGUUGGUUAUGACCUUGAGAGAAAAUUUGAAACACUUCAAUUGGAUGAUACACCCCCAGCAUCAAUGUCUGGUUUGAAAUAUGUUCCUCCACCAGCUCGAGUAAGCAGCUCAGGCAGUUCUGCAAUAUUUCAGCAGCAAUAUCCUGGGGAGAAACACGGAAGGGCACUAGAAAGUAUUGACAAUUUUAUAGUUCAGGAUAUUAGAAGUAAUGAAGUUUAUCUGGAAGAACGGUCUACAAGUUCAAGGCUGUCAUCAGUUACUCAUGGUAAUUCUUUGAGAAGUAGAACUCUGUCAGAAAGUUCCUGGGAUGGAUCGUCAGUGAAGGUGCAUAAAUCUAUGAAAGAAAAAAGGGGGAAGAGAAUUGUGUCUUUUGAUCUAGCUGCUAAUCGUGGAAAAGGAAAAGCUGUGUCUGAGCAUGUAUCCAAUGACACCGAGGAUGAUGACAAGGAAUGGGGUUCAUCAUCAAAUGUUGGGACUGGAAUGAUUGAAAUGAACCCUUUUUCUGAUCCAAUUAAUCGUUUGCAGAUACCAAGACACGGUAUAUCUGGAUUUGAAGUUGCUCAGACAAGUGAAUCAGGAUCAAUGAUCCCAUUUGCUCCAAUGUUCAUAGGUCCUGGCUCAAGGCAGGGAACAAAUGAUAAUUCUGGAGUGAUUGCUUUCUAUCCAACUGGACCACCAAUUCCAUUUUUAACAAUGCUUCAUGUAUGUAACAUUCCAUCCGAGACAAGUCCUGAUGCAUCAUGUAACCAAUUUGGAGGUGAUGAGACCUUGGUUAAUGAGUCUGGGACAAAUUUCAGUCCCAAGAAAUUUGAUCACCCUGGGAACUUAAAUUCAUUAAGUUCCAUAAGAGGGAACAUUAAUAUGAAAACAUCUGAAGAGCGGAAGCCUGAUAUUCUCAAUAGCGAUUUUUCUAGCCAUUGGCAAAACUUGCAGUUUGGAAGGUUCUGUCAAAAUCCUCGGUACCAAGGGCCUCUACUCUAUCCUUCUCCUGUCAUGGUUCCACCUGUUUAUGUCCAAGGACGCAUUCCAUUUGACAACUUUGGUAGAGGCCUUCCUAGCAAUUCAAAUAUAGUCUCCCAGAUCAUGGCAAGUUAUGGCCACCAGCUUCCUGUUUCUCCCCUUCAGUCAGUUCCCAGCAGGAAUUCUAAUGUUUAUCAAAGCUUCAUGGAUGAGAUGCCAAGAUAUCGUGGUGGAACUGGAACAUACUUGCCUAAUCCGAAAGUUUCUGUAAGGGAACGCCAUUCAUCUGGUAACAGAAGAGGAUACUAUACUCAUGAUAGAACUGAUAGCCUUGGCGACAGAGAAGGAAACUGGAGUAUCUCAAAACCACGAUCUGCUGCACGCAGUCGUAGUCAAACAGAUAAAAUGAACUCAAGAACAGAGGGAUCGGCUCAUAGUGAGGUUCGAGGUGAUCAUUCUUGGAGUUCACAGGGGCAAAACUCAAUCCCUUCAAGCCAGUCACAGAAUGGUUCAUUGCACUCAAGUUCUAGUCAAAAUAAUCCUCGAAGUGUAGCGCACAUGUACUCAUUGGCUGUCGCCAAUCCUGGUGGGGUCCCUAAUGGGUCAGCUCCACCCAUUGUGAUGCUAUAUCCGUUUGGGCAUAAUGCAGCCUAUGUUUUUCAUAGUGACCAGCUUGAGUUUGGUUCUUUGGGUCCACUAGGUUUCCAAGGUGUAAAUCCGCAGUUACAGCUGCAUGAUGGAACACAAACCAGGGCUUUUGAGCACCACAGAUCCCACGGGAACUUUGGGCACCGUACUUCACGGGAUCAACCUUCUUCCCCCCGUCCUGAACGGAAGGCCAGAUAACCAUUAUUCCAUCUCAGUGAGUUGUGAGGAAACAAAUUAGUUGAUGAAAGAAGACAAUACAGUUGAAUAUUCAAAGCUGAAGCAGGUUUGGGGUAGUUGUGGCAUGACAUAUGGACUUGUAUGGCCACAGCUAGCUAGCUAGCCGACUCCCAGAACCCACCCAGCGCCUCCGCUGUGCGCUUUGAGAAAUCUGUCCUGGAAUGGAAUCAUACAUAGCAUUCUUUCAGAUCCACUUACCACCAAUAUUUUACCUCCCCUGAUCUAUUUUUCCACAGGGUAGGAUCUAACACAUUGUAACAAAUCACUGGGAGUAGAAUUUAGGGUUCGAACAAAUAGUAGUAGUUGGGAUGUUUGCCGCCUGUAGAA